GUAUCAUCAAGGAAAAGUUAAGGAAUUAUCUUCCUUUUUUUUUUUUUUUUUUCCUCUCCAACCAAACACAAUCAGACACUGAAAAGAAAAAAAGAAAAAAGAAAAAGAAAGAGAUAAACAAAAUGGGUGCUCGUCUUCCUUCUUCACUAACAGUUCUCGCGGCUUGUCUCAUUGUUGUGAGCUCUCUUUGUGCAUUUCCUCAGGCUGCUGGUGCAAAUGCAACUCCAAAGCAUACAGGCGUUACGAGGCACUACAAGUUCGAAAUAAAGUUGAAAAAUGUGACACGUUUGUGUCACACUAAGAGCGUCGUGGCAGUGAAUGGGAAAUUCCCAGGGCCAAGAGUUGUUGCCAGAGAAGGAGACAGGCUUGUGGUUAAGGUUGUUAACCUUGUUCCGUACAACAUAACCAUUCAUUGGCAUGGUAUUCGACAACUUCGAAGUGGGUGGGCAGAUGGACCUGCUUAUAUCACCCAAUGCCCAAUUCAAACAGGCCAAACUUACGUUUACAACUUCACCAUUGUUGGGCAGAGAGGAACUCUCUUUUGGCAUGCUCACUUCUCCUGGCUAAGAGCCAGUGUCUAUGGGCCUCUUAUUAUCCUCCCUAGGCGCAAUGAAUCUUACCCUUUUGUCAAACCCUACAAGGAAGUUCCAAUUCUGUUUGGAGAGUGGUGGAACGCGAACACAGAGGCUGUUAUUAGUCAAGCUCUUCAGACUGGGGCUGGCCCAAAUGUCUCUGAUGCCUACACCCUUAAUGGACUUCCUGGCCCAUUAUACAAUUGCACACAAAAAAAUGAGACUUUUAGGCUAAAGGUGAAGCCUGGAAAGACCUAUCUACUACGUUUGAUCAAUGCUGCACUCAAUGACGAACUAUUCUUCAGGAUUGCAAAUCAUACCUUUACCGUGGUCGAAGCCGAUGCAAUUUACGUUAAGCCAUUUGAAACUGAUCUUCUAGUCAUAGCCCCAGGACAAACCACAAAUAUUCUCCUCAAGACCAAGGAUCAUUUUCCAAACGCUUCAUUCUACAUGUUAGCCAGACCAUAUUUCACAGGACAAGGAACAUUCGACAACACCACCAUUGCCGGAAUUCUCGAAUACCAAAACCCUUCAAACCCUUCCACCAAUAACACCAACUCUACACCAAUAACACCAACUCUCCCAGCCAUCAAUGCCACUUCAGCGGUUACAAAUUUCACCACCAAAAUCCGAUCCUUGAACAGUGCAAAAUUCCCUGCUAAAGUCCCACAGACCGUUCAAAAGAACUUCUUCUUCACCAUAGGUCUAGGAAGCAAUCCUUGUCCUAAGAACCAAACCUGCCAGGGCCCUAAUAACCGAACCAAAUUCGCAGCUAGUAUCAACAACAUCUCUUUUGCUCUACCAUCCACCGCUCUUCUCCAAUCCUAUUUUUUCAGAAAAUCGAAUGGGGUUUAUGCCACUGAUUUCCCUAAAUUCCCUCUUCAUCCAUUCAACUACACUGGAACUCCACCGAACAAUACCAAUGUCAUCAAUGGGACGACCAAGGUGGAGGUUCUUCCAUUUAACACCAGUGUGGAGAUUGUCCUCCAAGGCACCAGCAUUCUUGGAGCUGAGAGCCAUCCUCUGCAUUUGCAUGGAUAUAAUUUCUAUGUUGUUGGCCAAGGUUUCGGUAACUUCGAUCCUAAGAAAGACCCUGCAAACUACAAUCUUGUCGACCCCCCAGAAAGGAACACCAUCGGUGUACCUACCGGCAGUUGGGUUGCAAUCCGAUUCCUCGCCGAUAACCCAGGUGUUUGGUUGAUGCACUGCCAUUUUGACGUGCAUUUGAGUUGGGGAUUGAGGAUGUCAUGGAUCGUCCAAGAUGGAAGUCUUCCCAAUCAGAAGUUGCCUCCUCCACCAUCCGAUCUUCCCAAAUGUUGACCGUGGAUGGAGACUGAAGCACUCGUCAUGCCUUAAUUGUCUUAUUUUCAUUACUCUUUUUACAAUUUAACUUAUAAUUAUAUUGUUUUUGUCCUGCCUUUUUUUUUUUGUUUUUUUGGGGGUUCCUUUGUAUACCAACAUUGGGUGAAAGUUUGCGGAGAAGAUUUUGCACUAGACGGGAAAUCAAUGUCCUUUGUUGGAUAAUAAAAUAAUAACAAAUUCAAGAAAUUAAACAA